CGAUUCUUGAGGUUGGGCGACGAGGACAUUACUCAAGAGACAUUUAGCUUAAAGCGACGCAUCCGCGGAGGCCAGGAGCUGUCUGGCCGCAACAGCAUGCUUUUUGCUUCAAGCAUCCGUAGCCAUCCAACUCGUAUUGGAAGUCGUGCACAGGCGCCAGCAAAACUUUGGAGGUAUUUACAAUGCAAGUCCUGAUACGUAAAGUGUGGCUUGCUAGCAAAGAAUGCGUGGAUGAGUCUUGCUUCUCAUCCUUCGAGGUCCGCUUAAGGUUGGUCCUCGCAAACAUUCCAAGCUACAAACUUCAAGAAAUACUCCUGCAUACAACCGCGAGUACACGGUCUUGACAAAGGAAGGCUCUCUUACACAACGGCAUUAGUGCAUUCUUACUUCUCGGACUUACAUUACACACGUUGUCCUUAUCAUCACAAUAAGAUAUGAUGACAGAUAGGCCUCCAACAAAGGGGCUUGCUGUCUUAGGGAGCGCUCCGCCAACACGCGGCGUUAGCUCUGGCGCACCGGCGACCGCUGGGCGAGCAGCGACUUUGGGCACGGCUAGCAAGCGGGCGCAGACAAGUGGCACACUGAGGACGGCCGGCGGCACUGCUUUGGAUCCCCUAGCGCAACAGCUCAUACUCAAGUUCCGGGUAAAAUUUGGGGAUGCGGCAGCGACGCUGGCGGGUCAGGAAGCCAUCGCACGGGAGGUGAUGCAGUACCUCAGCAUCAUGCCCAUUCGGCCAGCCAAGACAAAGGACACGGACCUCUCGCUUUUGGAGGAGCGCAUUCGCAUCCGGCUGGUGGGCGGCACUCCGGGCAAGUCGAGCCUGGUGGACGCAAAGCGCGGCGAGGCGGGGGACGAGUGGCUGGCCAUGUUCGAGUACGAGCAGGCGCUUGGGGUGGCCAAGAGCAGGCUGGAGGCGGAGGCGCGGGCGGUCAAGCAGGCGGCACUGCGAGAGACGCUUAAAGAGCAGAUGCUGGAACGUGAUCGCCAGGCGGAAGAAGAGCGCCGGAGAGAGGAAGAGUUCUGGAAGCAGGAGCAAGAGGCGAUCCGCAAGGCGGAGGAGGAGGCAGAGGCAAAGCGAAAGCUGCAGCACGAAAUUAUGAUCCGGCUGAAAAAUGAUCGCCUUCAGCAGAUGGACGACCGCAUCCAGCGGCGGGAGGCGGCCCUGGCACGGAAGCGGGCGGAGGAGUCGGUGGACGCGUCGCGCACCGCCUACGAGACAGCGGAGGAGCUGAAGCUUGAGGAGGAGCAGCGCACAGCCGCCAAGAUUGCGCUCCGCGAGUUCUUGUUGCAAAACGAGUCGAACAAAGCCAUCAGGGAGGAGGCCAAGAAGCGGCAGUGGGAGGAGGACGCGCAGUUCCAAAAGAAGUGGGAGGAGAAGCUCAACAAGCAGGAGGCAGACCGCCGGGAACAGCUUGAGAAGGUGAAGCGCCAGCAGGCCAAACUGCAGGCCAUGGCGGAUGCGCAGGGCGAGAACCGGCGGCGGUGGCUGGAGACGCCCCUCGUCAAUAAGUAUUACAAGGAGCGGGAGGACGCACGGGCUGCGGAGGAGGAGAGGCGUGUGGCGCACCAGAAGGAUGUGGCCAAGAAGAUCACAGUGGACCUGGAGCAGCAGCUGCGGGAGCGGGAGGACGCGAAGGCGAGGCUAAAGAAGGAGGAGGAGGCGUAUGCGGCGAGUGUGGCUGCCAAGGUGGCUGCGGCAGAGGAGGCUGAGCGGGCGCGCAAGGCCGCCAUUGCCGCCAAGAAGGCCGCGUUCAAGGAGUCCAUAGAGCAGCAGAUGCAGGCCAAGGCGGCGCGGCGGCAGGCGGAGCGGCAGCCAAUGACGGAGGUGGAGCGGCAGAUCAACCGCAAGACUCUGGAGGAUGUGGGCACCUGGCACUCCACAGGCCGGAUACCGCUGCCGGAGUUGCGCAGGUCCACAGCGGCAAGUAGCAUGAGCAAAUAAAGGCUGACAGCCAGCGAUACGGUCGGCACAGCACAGAAUAUCUCCAGAGUGUGCGCAGAUUAGGCUACGUGUUGUAAAUGGUAUGUUAACGUGAGCGUCAAUUGUUUAACAAAGGGAUGUACUAAUGUUUGAUUAAGGCGUAUGCAGUGUCAUGUUUGCUUGCGAUAGCUUGGAAAGGAAACCUUUGCGCUAUGUUGUGCGCAGGAGGAAUGCGGAAGGCAAUGGCUGGGACCGUACAUGUACGCUUUUUGAGAGCCUAACCUGGCGGCAUAGAGCGCCCGGUGCGGGCGAAGCGGCGCUGCAAUAUGCUGCUGCCUGCCUGAGAUGUUACAGCUGCUGUUGAGCCCAAGGGGCCCUAUGUUUCUGCCCCAGGCACGGCUCGAAAGGACACCAAACAAAGCAAGCUCAUGCACAUAUCACAAUUC